GCCCUCCCCCAGUCCCGACCCCCUCCUCCGGCCGCACCCCUCGCCGAGUGACCGAGCCUGCUGAGGAGGGGAGGGGUACCGGGGACUCUCAGGUCGCUGCUAGCCCCGGGCCCGUGCCAGACCCCGUCACUCCAUCUCGGAGAUCGUUCUGGUUCUGCCCCAUUUCCCCGAAGGCUGCCGCCCCGUUUUGCCCGAGGCUUUGGGUGUCUUCACUGAACUUGGAGGGUCAUGAAGCUUCGUUCUGCGUCUCUCUCUGUGGGUGACCCACAUAUCACUUGUACUUAUGCCACUCCUGGUACCAGCACCGAACACGAAGGAUUCCUAGGAAAUCUGAGCGCUUAUUUCCCACCCACCUCCCCAACUAUAAUGGAAAGGAAUAUGGGACUGCGGAAUCUGUUUGCUGUGUUGUAACGACAGUGAAGGCCGCGACUUUCUUGUACUUAGGGUGCUGAAGUAGUGAUCUGAGGGAUUUGCUCGUCAUUUGCUUUAACAGAGAUGAUGUUGACACCCUGGGAUGCUGUGGGAGGGACAAAAGACCCACGUAUGUGUUCUGUCAAAUCAGAGAAGUAAAUAAUCCAUUGGGAUGCCAGGAUACUUUAUCCUACGGCGAAGUUAAUUUUGUUUCCGUCGAGGCUACAGUAGAGGUUAAAUGGAAACCACCCUUGAGAACUGGAUGCCUGUGUAACUGUUCUACCAUAAUCAGUGUAUUGCAAUGAGCGGGGGAGGAGAGCAGCCGGAUAUCCUGAGUGUUGGAAUUCUAGUGAAAGAAAGAUGGAAAGUGUUGAGAAAGAUUGGGGGUGGGGGCUUUGGAGAAAUUUACGAUGCCUUGGACAUGCUCACCAGGGAGAAUGUUGCACUGAAGGUGGAAUCAGCUCAACAACCAAAACAAGUUCUGAAAAUGGAGGUUGCUGUUUUGAAAAAGCUGCAAGGGAAAGACCAUGUUUGUAGAUUUAUUGGCUGUGGGAGGAAUGAUCGAUUCAACUAUGUGGUCAUGCAGUUGCAGGGUCGGAAUCUGGCAGAUCUUCGCCGUAGCCAGUCCCGAGGCACAUUCACCAUUAGUACUACUCUCCGGCUGGGUAGACAGAUUUUGGAGUCUAUUGAAAGCAUUCAUUCUGUGGGGUUCUUGCAUCGAGACAUCAAACCGUCGAACUUCGCUAUGGGCCGCUUUCCUAGUACAUGUAGGAAAUGUUACAUGCUUGAUUUUGGCUUGGCUCGACAGUUUACCAAUUCGUGUGGUGACGUCAGACCACCUCGAGCUGUGGCAGGCUUUCGAGGGACAGUUCGUUAUGCAUCAAUCAAUGCACAUCGGAACAGGGAAAUGGGAAGACAUGAUGACCUUUGGUCCUUAUUCUACAUGUUAGUGGAGUUUGUGGUUGGUCAGCUGCCAUGGAGAAAAAUAAAGGACAAGGAGCAAGUAGGCUCUAUUAAGGAGAGAUAUGACCACAGGCUCAUGCUGAAACAUCUCCCUCCAGAAUUCAGCAUCUUUCUAGACCAUAUCUCUUCUUUGGAUUAUUUUACAAAACCAGACUACCAGCUUCUUACAUCCGUGUUUGACAAUAGCAUCAAGACUUUUGGAGUAAUUGAGAGUGACCCAUUUGACUGGGAGAAGACUGGAAAUGAUGGCUCCCUAACAACCACCACUACUUCUACCACCCCUCAGUUGCACACUCGCUUGACCCCUGCUGCAAUCGGAAUUGCCAAUGCCACUCCCAUCCCAGGAGACUUGCUUCGGGAAAAUACAGAUGAGGUAUUUCCAGAUGAACAGCUUAGCGAUGGAGAAAAUGGCAUCCCUGUUGGUGUGUCACCAGAUAAAUUGCCUGGAUCUCUGGGACACCCCCGUCCCCAGGAGAAGGAUGUUUGGGAAGAGAUGGAUGCCAACAAAAACAAGAUAAAGCUUGGAAUUUGUAAGGCUGCUACUGAAGAGGAGAACAGCCAUGGCCAGGCAAAUGGUCUUCUCAAUGCUCCAAGCCUUGGGUCACCAAUUCGUGUCCGCUCAGAGAUUACUCAGCCAGACAGAGAUAUUCCAUUGGUGCGAAAGUUACGUUCCAUCCACAGCUUUGAGCUGGAAAAACGUCUGACCCUGGAGCCAAAGCCAGACACUGACAAGUUCCUUGAGACCUGCCUGGAGAAAAUGCAGAAAGAUACCAGUGCAGGAAAAGAAUCUAUUCUCCCUGCUCUGCUGCAUAAGGCUUGUGUUCCUGCUGUGUCCCGUACUGACCAUAUCUGGCACUAUGAUGAAGAAUAUCUUCCAGAUGUCUCCAAGCCUGCUUCUGCCAACACCCCUGAGCAGGCAGAUGGUGGUGGCAGCAAUGGAUUUAUAGCCGUUAACCUGAGCUCUUGCAAGCAAGAGAUUGAUUCCAAAGAAUGGGUGAUUGUGGACAAGGAGCAGGACCUUCAGGAUUUUAGGACAAAUGAGGCCGCAGGACAUAAAACAACUGGAAGUCCUUCUGAUGAGGAGCCUGAAGUACUUCAAGUCCUGGAGGCAUCACCUCAAGAUGAAAAGCUCCAGUUAGGUCCUUGGGCAGAAAAUGAUCAUUUAAAGAAGGAAACCUCAGGUGUGGUCUUAGCACUUUCUGCAGAGGGUCCUCCUACUGCUGCUUCAGAACAGUAUACAGAUAGGCUGGAACUCCAGCCUGGAGCUGCUAGUCAGUUUAUUGCAGCGACGCCCACAAGUCUAAUGGAGGCGCAGGCAGAAGGACCCCUUACAGCGAUUACAAUUCCUAGACCUUCUGUGGCAUCUACACAGUCAACUUCAGGAAGCUUUCACUAUGGUCAGCAGCCAGAGAAGAAAGAUCUUCAGCCCAUGGAGCCCACUGUGGAACUUUACUCUCCAAGGGAAAACUUCUCUGGCUUGGCUGUGACAGAGGGUGAACCUCCUAGUGGAGGAAGCAGAACAGAUUUGGGGCUUCAGAUAGAUCACAUUGGUCAUGACGUGUUACCCAACAUUAGAGAAAGUAACAAAUCUCAAGACCUGGGACCAAAAGAACUUCCUGAUCAUAACAGACUGGUUGUGAGAGAAUUUGAAAAUCUCCCUGGGGAAACUGAAGAGAAAAGCAUCCUUUUAGAGUCAGAUAAUGAAGAUGAAAAAUUAAGUAAAGGGCAGCAUUGUAUUGAGAUCUCCUCUCUCCCAGGAGAUUUGGUAAUUGUGGAAAAGGAUCACUCAGCUACUACUGAACCUCUUAAUGUGACAAAAACACAGACUUUUAGUGUGGUGCCAAAUCAAGACAAAAAUAAUGAGAUAAUGAAGCUUCUGACAGUUGGAACUUCAGAAAUUUCUCCCAGAGACAUUGACCCACAUGUUGAAGGUCAGAUAGGCCAGGUGGCAGAAAUACAAAAAAAUAAGGUAUCUAAGGAUGAUGACAUCAUGAGUGAAGACUUGCCGGGUCAUCAAGGAGACCUCUCUACUUUUUUGCACCAAGAGGGUAAGAGAGAGAAAAUUGCCCCUAGAAAUGGAGAACUAUUUCAUUGUGUUUCAGAGAAUGAACAUGGUGCCCCAACCCGGAAGGAUAUGGUUAGGUCAUCCUUUGUAACUAGGCACAGCCGAAUCCCUGUUUUGGCACAAGAGAUCGACUCAACUUUGGAAUCAUCCUCUUCGGUUUCUGCAAAAGAAAAGCUCCUCCAAAAGAAAGCUUAUCAGCCAGACCUAGUCAAGCUUCUGAUGGAAAAAAGACAAUUCAAGUCCUUCCUUGGUGACCUCUCAAGUGCCUCUGAUAAAUUGCUAGAGGAGAAACUAGCUACUGUUCCUGCUACCUUUUGUGAGGAGGAAGUGCUCACUCCCUUUUCAAGACUGACAGUAGAUUCUCACCUGAGUAGGUCAGCUGAAGAUAGCUUUCUGUCACCCAUCAUCUCCCAGUCUAGAAAGAGCAAAAUUCCAAGGCCAGUUUCAUGGGUCAACACAGAUCAAGUCAAUAGCUCAACUUCAUCUCAGUUCUUUCCUCGGCCACCACCAGGAAAGCCACCCACGAGGCCGGGAGUCGAAGCCAGGCUACGCAGAUACAAAGUCCUAGGGAGUAGUAACUCCGACUCAGACCUUUUCUCCCGCCUGGCCCAAAUUCUUCAAAAUGGAUCUCAGAAACCCCGGAGCACUACUCAGUCCAAGAGUCCAGGAUCUCCUCACAAUCCAAAAACACCACCCAAGAGUCCAGUUGUCCCUCGCAGGAGUCCCAGUGCCUCUCCUCGAAGCUCAUCCUUGCCUCGCACGUCUAGUUCCUCACCAUCUAGGGCUGGACGGCCCCACCAUGACCAGAGGAGUUCAUCCCCACAUCUGGGGAGAAGCAAGUCACCUCCCAGCCACUCAGGAUCUUCCUCCUCCAGGAGGUCCUGCCAACAGGAGCAUUGCAAACCCAGCAAGAAUGGCCUGAAAGGAUCCGGCAGCCUUCACCACCACUCAGCCAGCACUAAAACCCCCCCAGGGAAGAGUAAGCCAGCCAGUAAACUCAGCAGAUAGGAGCCAGGCUGCAUCUCUUUGAAAGGUGUGAGAUCUUCCUCCUAAACCUGAUGCAUGUGUGUCCCUGUACUGUCUACUUAAAAAAAUCAGUGUUGAUCUUCUCUUGCAAAAGAAAGUAACAUGAUCAAUUAUUUAUAAGAAGACAUAAAUACAUGAUAAGGAAUUACCUAAGGCAGGCAGCAAGCAGAUUAGGAAUCAAUGUCUUUGUACAAUAAGGAAAAACAGAGCAAAAAUCCAAGGGGGAGAAACUCAUUAAAAUGAGCUCUCAUUUUUUAAGCUGCCUUUGAAACAAAAGAGUUGAGGAUAGGAGAUAGAAUGGAAUUUUAGGGGGGUUGCCUAAUUUUUUUAAGCCUCAACUCAAAGAUUAUAUAGCAAAAGUGAAACUUCUUGUUUGAUAUUUUCAUCCAAAACUUUCCCACCCUGGAGAGUCAUUGAUCAGAUAUUAGAUUUUGUAAGAAGUCUGUUGCCAGGGAGCCAGUACUCAUGUAUAUUUGGCUUGUGUGUUUAUUUCGUGCAUUGGGAAUGAACACCUUUCCUUUGCCUCAUUCCUAGUACCCUCCCUGGAGUUCAGAUUGUUUUUUAAAGUUUAAUAUGUCUCAUCUGAUUCAAUCUCUCUGCUUUUAUUUUAUGGUCCUAAUUGUACUAUCAAAUCCAAUUACUUUUUUUCAGGUCCCUGAUUUUGUUUUUUUUUUUAGAGUAACAGGUCUUAACCUACUACAUUUUUAUUAUGAAAAAUAAGAAACUUAGGUAAAGGAAAGAAAAGUCUAACUAGAGCUACUUUGCAGGCUUUAGUGUUUAGGGAGAGAAAGUAAGUGUGGGGUAAUAGCCUUCAAGAUAGAAGAUGCCCCUUCCUCCCUGUUAAGUGUCCUCCUUUAGAAACUUGAGAAGGAAAACUGACCAGAGUGAACUGCUUCCUUAAGUCUUCUGGGUUCCAGCUGUUUGUGGUAUCAGCCUCCAAGAUGAUACAAGGGAAGCAAUGCUUUGGAAUGUGACUUGAGAUUUAGAAAUCAAUUAGAUAUAUUAUUGAGGCUUAGAAUCCUCAAACUUUGUAUUUUCUACAUUUAGCCAAUAAGGAAUUAAUAUCUGGGGAAAUAAAUUUAGGCUAAAUAUUUCUUUUUUAAUGUUUUAUUACCUGCUUCUCCUGUGUUUUAGUUCAGUAUUUGGGCUUCUUGGCCUGAUUUUCAUAUAAUCUCAAUUCAUGAAGCUGUAAAGAGAAAGAUACUUGUUCUAAUCUCACUCUUUUAAUAGGAAUCAGGCAAAAAGUCUACCAGACUUUUAAAAUGGGCUCUUUUAUACUCUCUAGGUGUUUUGUGUUGUAAAGACCUUAUUAAGGUCAGGUAAAUUGGUCUGCUUGCUGUUGAAAUUUGCCUUCUAGCAAACAUCUGUGCUUUCUGUUUGACCUUGUGUUUGCUGCCAAACCUAACACAGUUGAAUUGGGAAACAAAAAAAAAGAAAGAAAUACAUUUUCUCCCCAAGUGAACAUCUUCUAAUGCUGCAUCAAAGCUGCCCUGAAGCUGCACUGAACUUCUCUUGUUCUCUUUAUCUGUGUUAAGCUUUUUAAAAAAACAAACUCAGAACACUAUUGAGGCAUACAACGUCUCUUAUAAGAAAUGUAGCAUAGUGUGGAAUCUUAAUUUCUCUCCAGUUUCAAACACUACAGAGGAAUGCAAUAGAUAAGACAUAUUUGCUGUUUAUCUAAAGCAACUGUAAUAUUGGAAGACCAGUCCUUCUGUAUUAUAUUGUAUAAUAGUUGCUGUAACACUACUUGCAUGUCUUCAUGGUAAAUUAUAUAAAUAUUUAUAAAUAUAUAGAGAGACAUAUCCUUAUAUAGACUCAUUCUUUGUCAUUCUCCAUUUGUAAUUUCGAGAUCACAGAUGGCGAAAUUCCUUUUCUAUUGUGUGCCUCAUGUAUACUUGGGCCUUGCCUAUCUUCAUUUUCUGAAAAUAUGUUCUUGGCAUGUGACACCUCAGAGUCUUCUUGCCUUCCCUGUGUACAAUGCAAGGGUUGGCAGUAUUUAACAAGCCAAGAUAGGUUAUUUAAUUUAAUUUUCAUUUCAAAAAGAUUUUAAUAGGGAAAAACUUAUGGGGACAUGCUUGUAAUACUAGUUCAAAGAUUUGUCACGUUAAUCACAUAGUUCUCUCCUUAUAGUUACAGUGGAUAAACUGGGAUGAUAAUGAUGAGUCUGACAGAUUUUAGAAACAUUUCUUAAAAAUUGCCAUUCUACUUUCCUCUUUUCAUCUCAUUUUUUUUGCAGGGGGUUGGGGGAAUAAUGAAGAAAUUAUCAUAUUUCUGUUGCUAAAAGUAGCUAGCUUUAAAUCCCGACCCCUUUAGUCAGAAAUAUGCUAGUAGUAAUCAUUGGAAAAGCUGAUGAGGCUACAACUGUGGUAUGUGUGUGAGAUUUUAUUUCUUAUUGGCAUUUCUCUGCCGGCGGUUGGAACUGACAGCGAUGGGAACGUGGCAACUGAAUGUUUUCUCUCUUUCUUGGUUCCUUCCAUUUUUAUCUCAGCUUUUCCAGUGUGUUGUCCCCUUUUCUAAAUGGCAUUGAUGAACUCAUCAAGAUCCAGAGAUAAACAGUCUCAUCGUGUAAGAAUAUUUUAUUUUGCAUGUAGAGGAAAGAAUUAACCAAAGACGUUUCUGCUC